AGUCGAAAGAAAGGGCUUUGUCGGGUGGAUGGGUGCAGGGUUAAAUCGAUUUAAUGCUGCUAAAUUUGACCUCAACUCCUAGUGUAGACCAGGGCUUGAAAGGGGAAUUGGCAGUGUACCAGAUUUGGAGGAGUGCAACGGUGAGCUUUACGCCAUGUGUGUGUACAUGCUGAUCUGCAUUUUGUGCAGUUUAGUUGUUCCUCAGGAUCUGUCUCUUAAUUUGUUCAUAGAUACAGGUAACAUUUUAUGCAAUGUCGUACCUGACCACGUUGUCUUCUCUUCUCUUCUUUUUAUUUUUUUUUUUUUUGGUAAUCAUAUGGGCUUUAUGGAUUAUGGAAUGAAUGAAGGAAUUGAUGUUAGGGAAAGUACCACUGGCAGGGGGAGUGGGGUAGGAAAUCCUUGUUAAGGACCCUCUGACAGUCAAUGUGCUAGACAGCAAUGGAUUUGUUUGAACUAUGUUCCCAACUUUCCAGCCUGAUAUUAAAGCUUCAUUAGAACUGGCCAAAGAGAAAGGGCAGUAGUUAUGAAAAGGAUAUAAAUAUGAAAAAUAUUAGAACUGUAAUUCACCUGCUUUAUUUUCAUUACAGGAAUUUAACAAGCUGCAACAAAAUAUAUUUCAAUGUAAUCGUUUUCAAAAAUACUGCUGGUUUGUGUUUUAAUGGGGAUUUUCUCUAUGUUCAAGAGAUACCAGCAUCAUCAAAUGAAAAGAUUGGGUGUCCUCAUCUAGACUAUUUCAGAGAUGAGAAAAAUACUUUACCCAUUCACUGGUAUAGGGAAUGUAAUCUGAUUGACAAUGAUUGAUUUCUAAAUUGGAAUGAUGAUCUCAUAAUAAUUAGUGUGAAUGUAAAUGAUUCAGGAAAUUACAUAUGCAAAAUGACAUAUAAUUAUAUGGGAAAAGAAUAUAAUAUUUCACGAAACAUUUAUGUAACUGUUAUAGAGACCCCACUGAAGAAGAAAACUGAAAUUCUUUAUCCAAGAAACAAUACAAUUGAAGUGGAACUUGGGUCCAGUGUUAUCGUGGACUGUAACAUAUCAAGUUUUAAAGAUAAUUCAAUUGGUGUAUCCUGGAGAGUCAAUAAUACUUUAGUCAUUUUUUUGUUCAUGGGGAGAGUCCAAGAGGGAAAUCAAGAAGAUUCUUUUCCCGAUGGGUACUUAUUCUCUACAGUGACACUCAGCAUCACAGAAGUGAAGCAGGAGGAUUAUGGACGUCAGUUUGUGUGUCAUGCCGGUGAAGUUGCAGCCUACAUUGCAUUAAGACAGUCAGUUCAAAGUUUUCAAGGAUACUUGAUUGGAGGACUCCUUGCACCAGUGUUUGUAAUAGUUGUCGCCAUGUUAAUCUACAAGUAUUUCAAGGUUGACAUUGUGCUCUAGUAUCGAAAAUCAUGUCGUCCUUUUCUGAGUAAAGAGGUUUCAGAUGGGAGGAUCUAUGAUGCAUAUGUAUUGUAUCCAAAAAGCACAGUAGAUUGCAUCUACCCACCAGAUAACUUUGUGCUAACGCUGUUUCCUGAGGUCUUAGAGAGACAGUGUGGAUGUAAUCUGUUUAUACUUGGAAGAGAUGAUUUACCAGGAAAAGCUGUGAUCAAUGUUGUUGAUGAAACCAUUAAACAAAGCAGAAGGCUUAUAAUUGUAUUAGUACCAGAAUCAUAGUGCAGUUUAUUAGAGGAUAUCUUCGAACAACAACUGGCUGUGUACAAUGCUCUUGUCCAAGAUGGAAUUAAAGUUAUUCUGAUUGAGCUAGAUAAAAUAAAGAACUAUACGAACAUGCCAGAAUCAAUCAAAUAUAUUAAGCAAAAGCAUGGGGCCAUCAGAUGGAAAGGGGACUUCACAGAGAACUCUUAUUCAGCAAAUACAAAAUUUUAAAAUGUCAGGUACCAAAUGCCAUCCAGAUGUCCAACUUCUUCAGAACUACACUUGCUGCCAGCAACCUUGAACACCUUUCAACCACAGAAAGAUGAGGCAUAUGUCACUUAAUGGCGCUGGGCAGCUCCAUUUCGAGUGCUGUUUUGAUGUAUUUUAUUAGAAUGCUGUUUGUGUACAUGGUAAAUGGAUGAUUUCACUUGCAAUCCUGAAAGGCUUUAUUCACAGGUUAGAGAAAGCUAAUUAAUUAUCAUUCCACUGUGCAGAGCUAACCAGCAGGACACAGUAGUAUUCCUUCAAUGUUAUAUUAAUGACAAUAUUAGAAUGACGACAUCAGAAAAGAAGCCCCAAACACAGCAGAGAAAUAAGCUUUUGAAAGGACACUUUUCAGACCCUUUUGAACAGUGUGUUUCUAGG